AUGACUUCUUUAGAUAUUAAGUUGAACAACGGCGUUACCAUUCCUGCUCUUGGUCUUGGAACUUGGCAAUCUCCCAAGGGAGCUGUCGAGUCUGCUGUUGAAUACGCUCUUACUGAGGCUGGCCUCAGACACAUCGAUGCUGCUUUUGCCUACUUGAAUGAAGAGGAGGUUGGUAAUGGUAUUAAGAAGGCCAUUGCCUCUGGCAAAGUCAAGAGAGAAGAUAUUUUCAUCACCACUAAGGUUUUCCCCACUUUCCACAACCGUGUUGAAGAGAGUUUGAACCGUUCUCUUAAGAACCUUCAAUUGGAAUAUAUCGACCUUUUGCUUGUUCACUGGCCUGUUGGUUUGAACCCUAACGGUAACCACUUGUUGGUUCCUACCAAGGCUGAUGGUACUAGAGAUGUCGACCCUACUUUCGACUUGUCUGCUACUUGGAAACAAUUCGAGAAGGUUUAUGAGUCUGGUAAGGUCAAGGCUAUUGGUGUUUCCAACUGCUCUGUUCCAGUUCUUACUGAUCUUCUUAAGACUGUUAAGGUUGUUCCUGCUGUCAACCAGAUCGAAAACCACCCUUUGCUUCCUCAAACCGAGAUUCGUGAUUUCUGUAAGGAAAAGGGUAUUGUCAUUGAGGCCUACUCUCCUUUCGGAUCCACUGGUGGCCCUCUUUUCUCUAACAAGACCGUCUUGGCUAUUGCUGAGAAGCACAAGACUACUCCUGGUACCGUGCUCGUUUCUUACCACAUCUCGUCUGGCAGAGUCGUUCUCCCCAAGACCACUACUCCCUCUCGUAUUGUCGAGAACACCAAGACUGUCGAGCUGACUCCCGAGGAGAUCAAGGAGCUCGACAAUGUCCAUGUUACCGAAGGUAAGAAGAGAUUCGCCGCUCCUCCAUGGGGUGUCGACUUGAAGUUCCCUGACUGGAACGCUUCUACCCCCAAGCCAUAA